UCCCCUCCCCCGGCCCCUGGCUCGGAUAUAAUUGAAUAUCACAGCGCUACGCGCUGGGUAUUUUUUUUCCUUCCUCCUCCUGUGUGUGUGUGGUGGUUUUGUUGGUUUUUUUUUUUUCCUGGUGUUUUUUUUCCUCCUCCUCCUCUCGGUGUGGACACCUUAAAAAUACAUAUAUAUAUAUAUAUAUAUGUGUGUGUAUAUACAUAUAUAUAUAAUCGAUAACUAUACGCGUGUACACACACACACUCACACAGGCAGGGAUGUGCGCGUAUAUACACGCGGCGGUAUAAAACACACGGGAGGAGGAGAGACAAUCCAGGGUGAAUUCCUCGUGCCUCCAUUCCCGGGGAAAGGGGGGAGCAGCCGCUCGCAAGCAUCACCCUUCUGUGGCAAGAGGCACCCGAAAGGAAAACUUCUGCAUAUCAAUGCACUGCCAAUGGUGGUGUAAUACCAAGGGCUGUACUGCUGCCACAUCACAAUUUUGUGGGGUUUCAGAGAGUAGUUCUGGGUUGUGUCCUUUGUUGUGACCUCAUGGUUUAACUGGGAAUAAAGAUGAGUAUAAGCAGUGAUGAGGUUAACUUCCUGGUAUAUAGAUACUUGCAAGAGUCAGGGUUUUCCCAUUCAGCAUUUACCUUUGGUAUAGAGAGCCAUAUCAGCCAGUCUAAUAUAAAUGGUGCUCUGGUGCCACCAGCUGCUUUGAUUUCCAUCAUCCAGAAAGGUCUGCAGUAUGUAGAGGCAGAAGUCAGUAUUAAUGAGGAUGGUACCUUGUUUGAUGGUAGGCCGAUAGAGUCUCUCUCACUGAUAGAUGCAGUGAUGCCUGAUGUGGUACAGACAAGACAACAGGCCUACAGAGACAAACUUGCACAACAGCAGGCAGCAGCUGCUGCAGCUGCAGCUGCCACCAACCAACAGGGAUCAGCGAAAAAUGGAGAAAAUACUGCAAAUGGAGAGGAGAAUGGAGCACACACUAUAGCAAAUAAUCACACGGAUAUGAUGGAAGUAGAUGGAGAUGUGGAAAUCCCUCCCAACAAGGCAGUGGUGCUGCGUGGCCACGAGUCCGAAGUGUUCAUUUGUGCCUGGAAUCCCGUCAGUGACCUUCUGGCCUCAGGGUCUGGCGAUUCGACGGCGCGGAUCUGGAACCUGAGCGAGAACAGCACGAGCGGCUCCACGCAGCUGGUGCUGCGGCACUGCAUCCGGGAGGGUGGGCAGGAUGUGCCCAGCAACAAGGACGUCACCUCGCUGGACUGGAACAGUGAAGGUACACUUCUAGCAACUGGGUCUUACGAUGGCUUUGCCAGGAUAUGGACUAAAGAUGGUAAUCUUGCCAGCACCUUAGGGCAACAUAAAGGUCCUAUAUUUGCGUUAAAAUGGAACAAGAAAGGAAACUUCAUUUUAAGUGCAGGAGUGGACAAGACCACAAUUAUUUGGGAUGCCCACACUGGUGAAGCCAAGCAGCAGUUUCCUUUUCAUUCUGCACCAGCAUUAGAUGUUGAUUGGCAGAGUAACAACACAUUUGCCUCUUGCAGUACAGACAUGUGUAUUCACGUUUGUAAACUAGGACAAGAUAGGCCCAUCAAAACCUUCCAGGGUCACACAAAUGAAGUAAAUGCAAUCAAAUGGGACCCAACUGGUAAUCUGCUGGCAUCCUGCUCUGAUGACAUGACUCUAAAGAUCUGGAGUAUGAAACAAGACAGUUGUGUCCAUGAUUUACAAGCACACAACAAAGAAAUUUAUACUAUCAAAUGGAGUCCUACAGGACCAGGAACAAAUAAUCCAAAUGCCAAUCUUAUGUUAGCAAGUGCAUCCUUUGAUUCUACUGUUAGGUUAUGGGAUGUAGACAGAGGAAUUUGUAUUCAUACUCUGACAAAACAUCAAGAACCUGUGUACAGUGUAGCUUUCAGUCCUGAUGGCAGGUACCUGGCCAGUGGCUCCUUUGAUAAAUGUGUACACAUCUGGAAUACACAGACAGGUGCCCUAGUUCACAGUUAUCGGGGAACAGGAGGGAUUUUUGAGGUUUGCUGGAAUGCAGCAGGAGACAAAGUUGGAGCAAGUGCUUCAGAUGGUUCAGUUUGUGUACUAGACCUCCGGAAAUAGCGCUCUUAGUUGGAAGCCAUGGACCGACUAUGAAUGUGUACAUAGCCAAAAUGACUGUCCCUGACCCAUGUACUGCUAUAGUCCCAAUCGAACCAUGGCCAGUCCACUACAGCCAAAUGUAAAAGAAAUAUAUACAUAUACUGUAUAUAUAUAAAAAAAAAAAAAAAAAAAAAAAGGAGAAAAAAAAAAAAAAGAGGAGAAAGGAAAAAAAAAAAAAAAUUUACACCCUGAAGAGGAUGACAGAGUUUUGUCACAGCUUGUGAAUCCUGUUCACCAAGUGCUGGAAUCUGCUGUGCCCCAAAAUAACAUUUAAAGGUUUUUGGAUAUGAAAAACAGAAGAGAGCGAGAGAGAGAGAAAUAUACCAUAUACAAGAGCAGACCCAUAUACAUACCAAAAUCAGAAGAUACUAAUGGCAGCCUUCAUUACCCCUUCCCCCAUGAGAUCCAUUCUCACGUGGAUUUGUGGGGUGUUUUUGUUUUCCUUCUCAGUAGUUGAGCAGUUUGUGUGUACAGAGAAAAUGGACUUACAGAAAUCUGCAGCAGUAGUUUUUUUUCCUGUGCUUUUAAACAUUGGGUUUUCUGUUUUGUUUUGGUUAAGUUUACGGAUGCAUGAAGUAAGGGAGUGAUUUAGUUCCUUGUUUAUAUUUUUUCACCUUGGAAAAAAAAGAAAAAGGCGUUUCUUUGAAACAUGUUUUGAUGCAUUCUUUGAAGAGGUAGUUUGAACCUGAUAAUGUUUGUUACAUUUUGUGGCUCCCAGAGCACAAUUUUGUGAACAGAGGGAGGGUGGAAAAGGGGUUAGGGAGAGAGAAGAAAGGAAGAAAUCCUUCUUUGCAGCGUGAUAUUCCACGUCCUUCUCAUCUACAAAGCAGGAUGGAAAUGGGUAUAAUGCUAUGUUUGAUUUUCUGGUGACAUGGCUGAAAUGCAGUAAUUUCUUAUUUGGGACAUAAUUCUGCCAAAAGUAAGAAUAGAAGGGCACAAGAACACAGGAAAAAGAAAACAAACAGGGAUGCAAAAAAAAAAGGAGAAAAAAAAUAAAGAGGAAAAAUGCAUCUUCUGUUGUUUUAAGACCAUAGCUAAAAUAUGGUUAAAUUGUGCACUAUUGUGAAAAGGAGCAAAGUAUAGCUGGGGGAUUUUGUUUAAGAGGUUAAGAUCUUUCUGGACAAGGGUUCAUGCCACAGCUUCUUUGAGAGUUGCCCAUCAUUAUUUGUAGGAGCUUAGAUGUAUAAUUGUAACCAAACUCCAGUAUUAAAAGUAUUUCAUGUAAUUUUUCUUUAUUAAAAUAAAAUCUUUGGCAUAUAUUUGAUAACACUGCCAUUAAGAGGCAAAAUGUUUACUACCUUAGAUUUAAAAGAAAAAAGAUCUUAAACAGAGGACUUGCUUCAAGUUUAUUUUAAUAGCAGUGAUUCAGCUUAUUUAAAAGAUGAAUACUUGCACUAAUUCCCCUGCUGCUCCAGUCCUGCAGUUUAUUGUAUCUUGUGACUACAUUUUUUUCCAAAUAUAGGGUAGAUGUAAGCUGCUAUUUUUUUAAUAAUCACUACUAUAUAGUGUCUUUUACUCUGUUUACAAUAUCAAGUAUUUUUCUUACAAUGACAGAUGUAUAUGGCAAACCUUUUUCUGCUCAUGUGAUUAAAAGUAUACUAAUAGUGAUUUUAUUUGUAAAUGAUAGCAUGAGGUUGUGUUUAUGCGUAUGUGUAGUCGAAAAGGUUGCAUCAUGUCUUGCAUAAGAUUCCAAGAGUGUAAAUUUAUAAAAAGAGAGGUUGUCAAAUUUAUGUCACAGACAUUUUACUUAAGGAAUGGUUUAUAUUACAGAGCUUUGCAAAGUUAUCGGUUUUAUAACACUAUUUCAAUCACAAUUAAUUUUGUGACUUAUGAUUGUUAGUCUCUAACCUAUUUUUUUAUUCAUUUGGGGUUCUUUUUCCCCUGUCCAAGUUAAGUAUAAAUUCAUUUAAUUGAGAUAAUGCAGCUUUGACAUUUAACCAUUGUUCUUUAGGCAUCGAUUUCUGCUAUUUCCAUGAAAUAAACAUGACUUGAAGCAAGUCUGAGUUUGGCUAAGGUAGGGUAGCAAUUUGCCAGUGGUUAAGACAAGUCAACAAUAAUACAUGGUUUAUAUACAGCCCAGGAUUAUACUGCUAUCAUACACAGCAUUUAAAACCAACACCAAGUCAUAUCCAUAAAGACAGUUAUCUGUGGUGGUUCUGUGCCAGCUAUUUUUAGGGUUUUGGAACAUAUUGCAAAUGUUUAGAGCAAUUACCCUGUGAGUUACAAUAUGUAGGAAACCUAAUAUAUUGAGUGUCUGGCACUUGAAAUAUUGCUUUUAUUGCUGGAGGUCCAUGACUGUGGCUGACCUCUGUCAUUUAAUGAAAAAAAAUAAAAAUAAAAAUAAAUUCUGUGCAAUAAUUUUAAACUGUGCUCCCAGGAAUAGACACAAAUGUUUUGAGUAUGUUUAAGCUGCAUUUUUCGUUUAGCAAUGCAUUUGUCAAUUGCACUGAAUUUAAAUCUGAAAGUCAGAAGUGAUUCUUGAUAGUACUUUUGUAUUUUAAUAUGGACAGUUUAUUCAUUUUCAUAAAAGCUAUUGGAUGAUUCUUUCAGCCAAUCUAAACCGAAUUGUGGUGGAAUUCUGUGACAUAGCUGCAAAAUCACACAGCCAUGUUUUAGGGUGUUGCCAUUUUCCUCUUUCUCAAUCAUCAGCUGUUUUUUUGGUUGCAAUUCUAGUUGCUUCAGCAUAGCAUCCCACACUCAGAAACAGAGAACACCAGAGCUGCAGCAUGUCCAGGCAGGGCUGUCAGCAACGUUGGCUCCAUGGGCUGGAGUGUGGGGCCAGGCCAGCGUCCCCGAGCCGAGGUGUCCCGCUGCCACGGGGCCAGGCCGUGUCCCCAGGCCAGGCCGUGUCCCCAGGCCAGGCAGGGUCCCCAGGCCGUGUCCCCAGGCCAGGCCGUGUCCCCAGGCCAGGCCGUGUCCCCAGGCCAGGCAGGGUCCCCAGGCCGUGUCCCCAGGCCAGGCCGUGUCCCCAGGCCAGGCCGUGUCCCCAGGCCAGGCAGGGUCCCCAGGCCGUGUCCUCAGGCCAGGCCGUGUCCCCAGGCCAGGCAGGGUCCCCAGGCCAGGCAGGGUCCCCAGGCCAGGCAGGGUCCCCAGGCCAGGCAGGGUCCCCAGGCCGUGUUCCCAGGCCCAGCUCUGGCCGUAGCUGUCCAGCUGUCAUGCCACAGUGCUGCUCCUGCUCCCGCUCGCCCGGAGCCGCCGCGCGCCGCGUUCUGCCGCCCCGCCAACCAAAAAACCAGACAAAAACACCACAGAACCCUGACGUUAAUCGCUGGUUUUUAUAGCAGAAAGGCCUCGUGUUCCAGGGUGGGGUAGACUGUCCAGAUCGCUCCUUUCAAAGGGGAAGCCAAAUGGCAGCAAGGCCCUGACUUUGAGCAUGCACGUACACGCUACACAGUCUUACAGAUGGAGUCGUUCCUAUUUUUAUCAAUUUAACAUGAUAACAGGCAAAUAUCCAAACAGAGGAUAAAAGGAAGGGGAAAAGCUGGGCUCAGAAUUAACAAUGGGGUAAGAAAUGAACUGCUCUUGAGUUUGCUGUCUUUCUGUGCAUCCAUCUCAGAAUCCCGUUUGUCAUUUUUGCAUGACCAGAUCCAGGUUUCUGUAGAGUUCGUCUUUUUCUAUUUUUACUUCACCUUUUUCUGCAUUUUUAAAUUGAUGUAAAGAUUCCCAACCAGUGGACUUUUUAGUGUAGUUAAGAGAAUAUCUAGGUCUUCAUAAAAGCUUUUUUAGACUCUUUGUAAUGUUGAUAAACUGAGUUUAUUCUGGGACUACCAUUGUGCAGGGUUAUUUAGCAUGUCUACUAGAUGAUUGGAAAUCUUAUAUGAAACACUAAAAGUGCCUCUUUUUCUGGGUUGGGUGGAGGGGAGGUAGUAGUUACCAGAGUCAGAACGACAUGGCAUUUCGAAGCAUGUUUCUUGAUUUCGUGACACUUUAAUGCAUCUUGAGAGAAAGGCCAAAGAUUUCUACCAAUUUUAAUUGAUUUUCAUUUUAGAAAGCACUCCUUUUUCCUUACACUGCUUACCUCAUGCUGGGGCGUCUGAUGGGGAAUGUCCUUUGUGUUUAGGGAGAGCAGUGGGCGGCACAGGGCGGCCGUGCCGGUGUGCCAGCAGAGCCGCCUCAGCAGCUGACGCCUUUAAUUCAUUACAGGAGCUUCAUUGCAAACUGCGGGGUUCAGCCUGUAAAUACAAGGCUGUUCAGAGAAGAGGGCAGCCUUGGGAUCUGAUUUUUCCAAUCUUUGCUCCCCCAGGAAUCCCAUUCUCUCAGUUCACCCUCGCCAGGCGAGCGCUGGCUGUGCCGAGCCCCGGUGUGGAUAAAAUGUGGAUAAAAUCAGCCUCAUCCCCUCCGGCCGAGGGUCCCCAGUGCCCGUGGGGUUUUGCCAGAGCAGGGCCUGCUGGAUUUAGCUCAGUUCCCUUUUUUGGCUGAUGAGCAGGAUAGCUCCUCCCUUCCCAAAGCCCUGUAGAGCCAUUCCCCGGUGGGAGCAUCCCACCCUCUCCAGACGCCUGAAGAAAGCAGAAGCAACAUUGUGGCAUGUUAGCAGCAAAUGCGGCUUCGGGAGACAGCAGUCAAUCUCCAUCGAGAUCCCUGACAUUUUCCGUAGGGAGGGAGACAUGGAGCAGUCUCACUUCUCCCUCUAGAGAAAGCUCUGAAAUACCACGAGCUGUGAAAGUGUGACUGUCUUCACUGUCAGUCUGGUGGGAGGCAGACCAACCAGGAGAAUCUGCCAUUUCGAGUGGAUUGCAGAUUUAGUGUUAAUAGUGCUUCAGAUCAGUAGUUUUGAGUACAUGAUUCGCUUUCUCUGCCUUUGAGUUUGAAGCUUGACAAUAACUUGAGGCAUGUUUUUGUUUUGUUUUUGUUUUUUUUUUAUUUUUAAAUAAUCAUUCAUUUUUACUUCAUAAUGUUUUUUGACAUUUGUGGGUAAAUACAAGAAAACAGUCUGCAUGUUGUUGCUAGUCCAGUGUACUUUGCAAUCUUGUCCUCAACAGACUGCAGUGUGCAGAACAGUAAUUCUAGAAUACAGAAGUAAUUUUCUCUCUCUCCUGACAUUGACAUUGUAGUUGUAAUGGUUUCAUUUGGAGUUACAAAUCCUUUGGGUCUAAUUCUGUGAGCCUACCUAUAGCACUGGAUUAAAAUGUCUUCAUCAUUUCUUCAGUUAUCCAGUUAAACUACAACUGUUGUAAAAGUGUAAACCAGCCCAUGACAGUUUUUUGUACUUGUUUAAAGGACUUUUAUUGUUCAGUUUUCAUGAUUAUUGUCUAAAGAAGACUGAUAUAGAUGUUCUAUACUGUCCUGGACCAUGUUAAUUACACUUUAUGAUGUAUUUUGGUUCUACAUCACAAUGAUUUGUCCCCAAGGCCCUUAUAUCCCUUCUAGGCACAUUUUCUGUUGCAGUUUCCCUUUGCAUUGUAUUGCUUUGACAACUGUAAUUUGAAUCAGAUCUGAAAGAGGUCCAGAAUAAAAUAUAUUUUGAUAUUA